CUGCAUUCAAUGAUUCCACUCCGCCGGAAGAGAUCGAGAGGCAGGCGUGGGAGAACUGCCGCUAACAGAUGCGGCGUGUUGGCGCGGACAACAUCAUCAUCGGUGUGUCCAGGUUGCGUGUGGGGAACGACGUGGAUGCGGACGACAGCCGUCGGGCGAGUGGGGACGACUCUCCGGAAUCCCGUUACGAAGACGACGCGGAAGAUGCUGAGGGGCUGGAGAUCCGACCCGUGGCUGCCCGAGGUGGGCGGAGGGGAGGAGCCGGACGUCAACAGAGGGCCGCUUCGCGUGGUGAUCGAGGAUCGAAGGCUCCUGUGGGAGACAAGGGCGGCAAGCACCAAGCUUGGAGUGUGGAGGAGAUGUUGAAGCUCGCUCGAGCGAAGCGGGAUCAGCAAGCUCAUUUCGAGGGAAUGCCGCACAACUACGGCCGCAUGCGCAGCAGGGAGUGGAAGUUACAGGACCUGCAGAAGCGGCUGGCGGAGGUGGGAGUGAACAGGACAACGGACGACAUCGGCAAGAAGUGGGAUAACGUCUUCCAGCAGUACAAGAAGGUGCAGCAUUACCAGAACAUGUCCGGGCGGACGAACUUCUUCAUAUUGACUCCUGCAAUGAGGACGGAGGAGGGCUUCAACUUCCGAAUGGAUGAGCGAGUGUACAACGAGAUCGACAACAUGUCGCAAAAUAACAAGACCAUCUACCAGGACAAUGUGGCAGACACGAGCGCCCGAGGAGGAGUGCCGCCAGUAAUGGAUCGUCAUCGGCAGGCGCCCGUUGGUGGAGAGUCCGCUGUCGGUGGAGAGGGGGGUGAUGGCGUCGACGAAGAUGGGGGUUCGGCGCGGGAGUAGGGGUUUAGUGCAGGGAGCAAGGGCGCUCCAGGGAAGAGGAAGAACAUGCGCCAGCAAACCUUCGACGCCAUCGCCGAAGU